AUGACCGGUCCUUUUGCUGACCUGGACAGCAUUGGCAUCUUCCAAACCACCUAUCAAGAGACUCUUCUGAAGGACUACAGCUCUUCCGACAUCUCAUGGAUCUUUACAGUCCAGCUCGCUCUCAUAUGGGCUCCAGGUUCCCUAUUCGGCCGCAUUGUAGAUACCUACGGACCUCGCCCGGUCAUGCUCCCAUGUACCUUUCUGUGCCUCUUCUCACUGUGCAUGACGAGCCUUAGCACCGAAUACUAUCAAAUUAUCUUGGCGCAGGGAAUUGGUUAUGGACUCGGAGCUGGAGGUAUUUUCACCACCUGUUUGAUCUGCGUGAGCCAGUGGUUCGUCAAGCAGCGAGGUCUUGCUAUGGGAAUUACUGUUGCGGGUAGUAGUAUCGGGGGCGUGGUAUUCCCAUUCUUUCUGCAACUGGUUAUGGAAGACGUGGGAUUCAAUGGCAUGGUACGUUACACAGCGCUGUUCAUAGGAAUCGCUUUAGUUGGUGCCUUCUUUCUUCUCAGUGCACGUCUACCUCCAAAGAAAUGGGACUCGGAAAUGGCAUGGUUUGACUUCACGCUGUUCAAAAACCGAGGCUUUGCUUUCUAUGCCCUCGGCUCAUAUUUUGUGAUGUGGGGAUUAUGGGCACCUUUCGAUUAUCUUCCUAGCAUGGCGCAAUUGUCGGGAAUGUCGGAUUCGCUGGCCCUCUACCUGAUCGCUAUAGUGAAUGCUGCUUCAUUUUUCGGAAGAAUUAUCCCCGGGCACAUCGGAGACAAGGUGGGAUACUUUAAUAUUAUAGUGGGGUCCGCCUUCCUAAGCUGCAUUGCCAUCCUCUGUCUAUGGCUGCCUUUCGAUUACUAUUCUUCAGAUGCCGGUCUCAUCGUUUUUGCUGUUGCUUACGGCUUUUUUAGCGGCGCCUUCGUUAGCAUCAUGAUGCCGUGCUGCGGAAAGUCUGGAAGCCUAGAGACCCUUGGGAGACAGAUAGGCACUUAUCAGGGUGUUAUAGCUAUCUCCACUCUUACCGGCCUGCCGAUCAUGGGAGCUAUCUUGGGAAGGCAGCAUGAUUCAACCUUUAUGGGCAUGCAAUUAUUUGCCAUUGUGACCAUGUUCGUCGGUUUCUUGUUCCUCUUGAGUUCUCGUAAUAUCCUGGCUGCGGCUCAUGGAACAUGGAGAUACUGA